UCUAAACCUAAUUUCGCACCCACCAACUCCUCUUCCAGCUCUAACCCACGCUUCUAACCAUGUCCAUCCCCAUCGAAUCCGUCAGCAACAAAGUCAUCAGCCCCAUCUCCCUCGCCCACAUCGUCUUCCGCAGCGCCAACCUCCAACGCCAAAUCGACUUCUGGACCCUUUUCCUCGGCGCCACCGUUGUAUUCCAAAACGACACCCUCGCAUUCUUCCAAUACGACGACGAACACCACCGCAUAGCCUUCAUAGCCGAUGCCAGCGCUCAACCCGAGCAAGGCGGCAGCAAGGGGGCGAGGAUGUACCACGUCACCUUCACCUUCGCGAGUCUUUCGGAUCUAGUGAAGGCGUAUAAACAACGCAAGGCAUUAGGGGUGUUUCCUACGUGGUGUGUGAAUCAUGGGAUGACGACGAGUAUGUAUUAUGUGGAUCCGGAUGGGAAUCAGAUUGAGACGCAGGUGGAUAAUUUUGAGAACCCGGAGGAGGCGACGGAGUUUAUGCAAGGGGAGCUGUUUAGGGAGAAUCCGUUGGGGACGGGUUUUGAUCCGGAGGACUUAGAUGAGAAGAUACGGACUGGUGUUGAGGAUAGUGUUCUUGAGAAAAGAGUUGAGAUUGGGCCGAGGCUGUCUCCGCCGUGAGACGAGAUUUAAUGGAGCUCCAAAUCCAUG